CUGGACUAAGUUUUUAAACACUCCUCCGGGCCGCAGGAUGCAUGAAGGACGCGAACAUCCACCGAGCUGCCUCAUUUAAAACGCUGCAGCGCUGAAAAGCGUUUGGACUCGCUUUUGGUUUCUAUGUGCGCUUAUUUUCCUGCGAACCUUGGAUGGUUUUUAUUUCUUGCCCACCCGGAGGUUUACUUUCUGCCAUGAUGCUCGAAUUUCGCAGGAGAAUUUGCUCCAAACUCUGGAUUAAACCGGGAUUUCUGCGGGAAUAACUAAAGAGGAAACAGAGCAAACCUGUUUAGUCAGAAGCUGCUUUCAGGCUGCAGAAAUGGAGCUUACUCCUGCAGUGUUUCUUGUUGCAUUUUUAGUUUGGGCUGAAGGCUCCUCUCUGCCUCACUCCAGUCAUCGCUCUCUGAAGAAAACCUUCAGUCCUUCAUCCAGAGACUCGCUGUGCAACCACAUGCUGAAGCAUCUCCACAACGGAGCCCGAAUCACCGUGCAGAUGCCUCCCAACGUGGAGGGCCACUGGGUGUCCACCAGCUGUGAGGUGAGACCUGGCCCGGGGUUUCUGACCCGAUCCUACAGGUUUUACCCCAACAACACCUUCCAGGCCCACCAGUUCUACUACGAAGACAACCACUGCACCAAACCCACCUACACGCUUGUCAUCAGCGGCCGCCUGCGCCUGCGCCAGGCCUCCUGGAUAGUCCGGGGCGGCACAGAGGCAGAUUACCAACUCCACCUGGUCCAGACUGUGCCUCACACCACCGCUAAGGCCAAAGAGCUGAGCGAGCGGCUCGGCCGCAGCUGCAGGGGGGCGACGAGGGGCCCCUGGGAGCCCGGCGUGAUGUACGAGCUGUGGAACGAAGAGGGAGGCUUUGACUGCUCCAAAGAGCUGAACUUCACCAUGCACGAACUGCAGCUGCUGCGGGUGGAGAAGCAGUACCUGCACCACAACCUGGACCACCUGGUGGAGGAGCUGUUUCUGGGGGACAUCCACACCGAGCCGUCGCAGAGGCUCUACUACAAACCGUCCAGCUACCAGAUCCCCCUGCAGAACGCCAAGAACCACGACCACGGCUGCAUCGUCUGUCGGAUCAUCUACCGCUCGGACGAGUUCCACCCGCCCAUCCUGCCGCCGCGGGCCGACCUCACCGUGGGCCUCUACGGCCAGUGGGUCAGCCAGCGCUGCGAAGUGCGGCCCGAGGUCCUCUUCCUCACUCGCCACUUCGUCUUCCACGACAGCAACCACACCUGGGAGGGCCACUACUACCACUACUCCGACCCCACCUGCAAACACCCCACCUUCACCAUCUACGCCCAGGGCCGCUACAGCCGAGGCCAGGCCUCCACCCGCGUCAUGGGAGGCACCGACUUUGUCUUCAAAGUGAACCACAUGAGAGUGACGCCCAUGGAUCUGGCCACCACCUCCCUCCUCAAUGUCUUCAACGGCGACGAGUGCGGCGUUCAGGGCUCGUGGCAGGUCGGGGUGGAGCAGGACGUCACCGUCACCAACGGCUGCGUGGCGCUCGGCAUCCGGCUCCCCCAUACGGAGUACGAGCUCUUCCGCAUGGAGCAGGACGCCCACGGCCGCUACCUGCUCUACAACGGCCAGCGCCCCAGCGACGGCACCAGCCCGGACCGCCCCGAGAAGAGAGCCAGCUCCUACCAGAUGCCCCUGGUCCAGUGCUCGUCCAGCAGCCAGCGGUCCGACCGCAGCCGGGGAGACGAUGACACCGAGCAGACUCAGCACCGCCACAAUGGCGGCUCGGGGCGACACGCCGGCCGCAGCGGAUGCGUCGCCGUGCUGCUGGUCACUGCUCUGCUGCAACUUUGUUAGUCGGCAGUAAAGGCUUUUUCUUUCUAU